AUGCCCAGCAACAACCGUAGCCGUAACCUCCUCCGUCUCCUCUCCACGAUACCCUCUCGCGCUCCUCCUUCUCAUCCUUCUCCUGCUCGUUUCUUCUUUCCAAACUCCCCAUUGAAAACGUUCAAUACCCGCCGCACAUAUUCCAAAAUGGCCCAACAAAACACAAACUUCGCAGGCGGCGCCUCCGCCCAGCACAACCCCCACCCAGACUUCAAAUCCGUCGAGGCCAGCCGCCCGCCCUUCGACACCUCGCUCAACGUGAACUGGACGAAAACGGUCGACCCGGAGUGGAAAUACGGCUCCGGCGCCAACGCCCUGGGCAAGUCCUCGGCAUCCCACGUCGCCAUCGACCCCCACGAGGAGGGCCGCCCCGCGGGCUUCAACUACAAGCUCCUGAUCAGCGGCAUCGUGCCCCGCCCCAUCGCCUUCGUGUCCACGCGGUCCGCCGACGGCACCGUCACGAACCUGGCGCCCUUCAGCUACUUCAACAUGGUCAACCACGACCCGCCCCUGUUCGUCGUCGGCUUCGCCGCCAGCGUCGAGAAGCCCAAGGACUCCCUCAAGAACCUGCUCGAGAGCAAGGAGUGCGUCAUCAACAUCAUCUCCGAGGGCUUCCUCGAGGCCGCCAACGCCACCAGCGUCAACGCUCCCUACGGCAAGAGCGAGUGGGACGUCAGCGGUCUGACCCCCGUGUACGACUGCAAGCACGUCAAGGCGGCGAGAGUCAAGGAGGCCAUCUUCAGCGUCGAGGGAACCCUCGACUCCUUCAAGGAGUACGACUCAAAAGCCACCCCCGGCAAGAAGAGCGGUGUUGUCUGCAUCAUUGAGGGAAGGAAUUUCUGGGUGAGGGAGGAUGCCAUCAAUGAGCAGAAGAACAUUGUUGAUCCUGCAGUCCUUCGUCCCAUUAGCAGACUAGGCGGCAUCACAUAUGGCCGCGUCACAGAGGUCCUCGAGAUCCCGAGGGCAGACUGGGAGGCCAACAUUGGCGGCGAGGAGGGGUACGAGAAGAUCAAGAAAUCGGAGCAGUAG